AUGAGCCACGUCCGCGUCAAACCAUUGGCCGCUGUCUUCAUCGUGCUCAGCAUAAUAUACUUCCUCAUAUCGAGCACCUUUAGCUUCGCGCGCAUUUUCUCCCACCCGCACUCGGGCAUCCCGUUAAGCCAGUCGGCUGUGAAGACGGCCUACUAUAACCACACCAUCGAACAGACACAUGAAGCUGUAAUCCCACGCAAGAUCCAUCAGAUAUAUCAUGACUGGUCUGAGAAAGGGGGGAACAUGCCCCAUAAAGAGCAGUGGAUGAGGUUGAGAGAUAGCUGUAUCAAUCGCAACCCAGGCUGGCAGUAUAAACCGCUGCGCUACUAUCCGGUCUUCGUGACAGACAGCAACCAGGGAUCCCUUGACAACAACAUUCUCGGGGCUGUGCCGCACCAUCCUUUCUACGAAUACGUUACCAACCAUAUAUGGACAUACAGCCUGUUCCACUAUCCGUACCCCUACGUCGCUGUCAUGUACAACUCCGGCCAGUGGUUUUUCACCUCCAUGUGGGAAAAGUACCACGACAAAGUGUCGCCAUGGAGUUGGAAUCCAUCCCAUCAUUUUGGCGCCGGCAAGAAGCAGGGGAAUUCCCAUGACAAGAAUCAGCUCUACCGCGUUAUCAUGGAUAAUCGCCGCGGCGCCGAGCCUUGGGUCUUUUGGAAUGAAGGCGCCGGACUCACAUGGCAGGAUUGGGAUUUCUCGAUGUUCAUGCCGGUUGGAGAAGUUUCGUCUCGAAUUAUCCGGACCGCUAUUACUGUGACUAUUGCUUUCUCGCUAAUAAGCGCGCUGGUGCUUUGGCGGUGCUUGUUUAGGAGAAGGAAAGCCGUGAAAAACAAUGCGCAGUCCAGUAGUAGUCUGAAAUCUGUGGUGGCGUUGUUAUCACCAGCGAAGGGGAAGGGUGGUGAAUCUUCGAAGAAAGAGGAUCAUGAGUUGGUAUGA